UGGCAUUCUUUUAGUUCGAUUUCGUGUGCGGACGUCGACUGUCAGACGGCUCCAAGAAUUUAGCCGGGAAAUCGGGGAAAAUCACCAACAACAACAAAAAAAAAACAAGAAUCACGGGAAAAUUGGCAACGCGUGUUUACAUUUUAAUUUCCUUACGUGCUAAGACCCAAAUAAAUAUGUAAAAGUCAUUUAUAGGAAAAGCAAAAACACAUAUCUUGCUAUUGAAAGUAUAUACUAUAGCCAACGGAUAUAUGAUUUAUAUUUAAAUCUCGUGCGGAUUGUUCCAAUAACGUUUAGAAGAGUUAAAAAUAAGCCAGCUACUUGAAUUAUUUUCCAUAAAAACAUCAAAUAAAACAAAAAUCCAAACAUAAUCGUAAACGAGGAAAAGAAACGAUUUUCUUCAAAUCAACAAUGCGGCAAUAUUUACUUUUGUUUGGCGCGCUCAUCUCGCUGCUGGCCUCAGCUUACGCCAUCAAGUGCUAUGCCUGCGAAUCUGUCUACGAGGCAAGUUGUGGCGAGGACUUCGAAGUCGAGAACCAUUUCAAAUACGACUGCGCCUUCAUUGCCCCGCCGCGGUUUUUGGAGAAUGACCUGCUCAGCCCGAAUGCCACGGCCUGCUUGAAAAGGGUAUUCAAAGAAAACGGCGUGCGUAAGAUCGUCAGGGGCUGCUACUUUGGCGAGGUGAAUGCCACCGAUACGUGGUGCAAAAUGGAUCCCACACUGACGGCAGUGCAGAAUGCCAGUUGUUAUGUCUGCGACAACGAGAAUUACUGCAAUGGAGCGGAAAGUCCAGUGGAUAAAUGGAAAAUCUUCGGCAGCCUGCUAAUGUUUCUCUUGGCAUCUCAGCUACUAUGAAAUGACAGGAAGACGAGGCAGUGGAAAUGUGGGCCAAGAAAUGCACAAUAAAAGGCAAAAUAACUUAAGUAAAUCUAGUUCAAUUAAGAUGUAUUCCCAAAGGCCCAGAACUACUAUUUACCAAAGCCCAUAAAGCACACACAAUCUAGUCAAAACUACCCCACAGUAAUAAUGAUCAAUCAACGGUAAACAGGGCGUAUGAGUAACAUCAACAGAUAUGAGCCGAAAAGCUGGCAAACAUAUUUCGAACGAUCUAAAUACAAACUAAUAAAAACUAAUUUUACACAGAA